GCCCGGAACCUUUCUGCUGGUCUCUAAUGUUCCGGUAAGUGCACGUCAUGCGGAAGUAGUGUUUCUUCGGAGCCGGAAGUACCGGUAUCCCCGGUGAUGGCUCAGCUUCUCUUGCUGCUCCUAGCCGGAGUAGCUGUCGCCUCCCGCGGGGAUCGGGAACCAGUGUACAGAGAUUGUGUUACUAGAUGUGAGGAGACUAAUUGUACGGGGACCAAGCUACAGGAUUUUUGGGCGGAGCAGCCCAUUUACAUGCGGCUUACAGGCUGGGUGUGCCUUGAUGAUUGUCGCUACCAGUGCAUGUGGCACACAGUGUCCUUAUAUUUGACGGAAGGAUAUGCUGUCCCUCAGUUCCAUGGCAAGUGGCCCUUUUCCAGGUUCCUGUUCUUUCAGGAGCCUGCAUCUGCCUUGGCCUCCUUCCUUAAUGGCCUGGCCAAUCUCCUGAUGCUACGACGUUACCGCUCAUCAGUUCCUCCAUCAUGCCCCAUGUAUAACACCUGUCUGGCCUUCUCUCUGGUCUCCAUAAAUGCCUGGCUUUGGUCCAUGGUUUUUCACACCAGAGAUACAGCAUUAACUGAGAAAAUGGAUUAUUUCUGUGCCACAGCAGUGAUAUUACACUCAGUUUACCUGUGCUGCAUGAGCAUAUUGCCAUUUCUUCCAUGUUGGUGGACCCUAGGUCUGCGCUACCCUUCUUUUGCCAAUGCUUUUGGUGCUCUGCUGAUAGUCCUGUUUGCCUGCCAUAUUUCCUACCUGACCCUCGGGCGCUUUGACUACAGCUACAACAUGGCAGCAAAUGCCAUCUUUGGAAUGAUGAACCUAGUAUGGUGGUUGGUAUGGUGUGUGCGGCGUCACUCUCGUCAGCCUUAUCUGUGGAAGUGCGUGCUGGUAGUGGUUCUACUGCAGAGUCUGGCGCUUCUUGAGUUGCUUGAUUUCCCCCCUUUCCUGUGGGUGCUGGAUGCCCAUGCUUUGUGGCACUUCAGCACUAUCCCAUUGAAUGUCCUCUUCUACAGCUUUCUGAAGGACGACAGCCUCUACUUACUGAAGGUUAAUUCAGAUGUCCUAAAAUUGGACUAAAAUAACAAGAAGAGGAAAGAUUUGUGUUCUACCUCCCAGGGAUGGUCUCUGCCUUGUGGGCAGUCACGCUGGUUCAGGCCCUGCGGCAUCUACUUUUAGGGCCGCUUCUUUGAGAGAUGGUACCACACAUGAAGCCUCAUAAACUUGAUGGCCUGUUUGAAAGAUGGUUUUUAAAGUGCCUUAAUUAAAUCGUUAGACUUCUGAGAGAAGUAAAAAGAAUGUGUGUAAGGCCUACAGUACAGGGAGUACACACUGCUUCUCAUACACACGCUGCUCUGCAUGAAGCGCACAUUAUUCUUUACAAUGCGCAAGGCUCAUCAUGUCAUUCAGAUACACACUGAUCCACAUUGCUGCAUGUGCUGUAUAUAAACUCUGUGUGCUGCUCACCCUCUGCAUACUGCUAGGCCCAUACUCACUGCUUGUAACAUUCUUGUACAUUUAUAGGACCAAGUGUCCACCUGCACAUGCACGCUCCUCUGCAUCAUCUUUUGCAUAUUGUGGAACACACAUAAUUCAUACUCUGUACAUUCACAAUAUUUAUAUUAUUCUGUCUCUCACUGGUCAUACAAACUGGUAGCAGACAUAUUACUGUAUGCACUCAAUACACACUAUAUAAAUACAUUUUUGUGGCAUUUUACAUAGAAGAAGCCAAUGAAGUGGGAAACCAGUAAUGGAGAUGGGUAUACCAUAAAUGUAUUGUAUUUGCACCCCUUUCCACCAGAUGGAGCCCACAAUGUUUUGGUGACUCAUUUGGCUGAGAGAGAUUUAUUUGCUUUUGUAACAGUAUGAGCUUUUUUUUUUUUUUUUUUUGUGGAAAAUGUAUUAUGCCAUAUUUUGUCUUUAUUAUCUGCUUGUGCAGUGGUCUGUUUCUUUUCAGGCACUGUGUCAUUGCUGUGCCAAGGGCCGGGGAGGGGUUGCAUGUUGGUGCCUUAUUGUCUGUGUAUAGGGGAGGGAGUCAAGGAAGAUGUGGUGUUCCUGCUGCUGUACAAUAUUAUGUAUUUGUCUUAAACACAAUAAAUUCAUUUCUUGAUUA